AAAUAAUAUACCCUGGGGACGAGGUAACGUACGGCCGCCAUGCAUGCAGCUUUGUUUUUUUCGCUUGGGUCCACUCGUCGUGUGAGCGGUAUAGAAAAUAGAAGAACAAUUUCCAUGAGUUUCUGAGCUUGAUUUCCCACAGCAAGUACACGGACAAAGACAAUGCGCUGGUUCGUCGGCUCAAUAACCGACGCUAUCACAACAGCAAAACAGCGUAAUGUUUUGUUUGUUGUUUACGUCCGAGGUGAUGAUGAUGCCUCAACUCAGAUGGAUACCACGUGGGAGGACCAAGAAAUAUCUCAGCUGUGUGAAGACUCUGGCAUGGUGGCAGUCAAAUUUAAUGCAGAUAGUGAUGAAUUCAAGCAGUUUUCACAGUACUAUCCAGUGAAAUGUGUUCCCUGUGUCUCCUUUAUCUCUGGCUCGACUGGGGAACCCAUAGAGGGUACUGAUGGUUACAUCAACUCUAGUGAGUUCAAACAGAGAAUUCAAAAAGUCCUAGAGAGGACAAAGCAAGCCUCGUCCACAACUCCAUCAACCCGGGCUCCAGCUAGUACCUCAAGCCCAGCUACGGUGGCAUCAGACUCCUCCACCAGUCCCCAAACAUCUACUGUUUCUCAAGCUUCACCUACUCUGCAAGCCUCAGCUACAGCUGCUAGUCAAGACCAGAAAAAGGAACUCAGUAAAUUGGAGAAGGCAGCUAGACUGAGACAGAAGAUGGAGGAAAUCCACCAACGCAAGGAGGCUGAGAAGGAAGAGGAGCUUAAAAAGAAAGAGAUAGACAGAAGAAAGGUUGGCCAAGCUGUGCAGAAAUCCAUGCAGGAACGAUCGGACCAGGAGGCCAGACGGGUUGCACAAGAACUGCGCAAAGAGAAGGAAGAGGAACGGCUAGCUAAGGAGCGAGUCCGUGAACAGAUAGCGAGGGAUCGGGCUGAGAAACAGUCACGCUACGAAAGUAACAAACGAGAGAGAGAGAAGAGCCAGGUAGCUGCUCAGGAGGCAGCGCAAGCAGCCAAUCAAGCUCCAAAGAGGAAAAUCAAUAUGUUGAAGGGCAGGAAGCGCAAGAAGACCCCUAAACGUUUACAGAGAUUCCAGAGUGGCAAAAUCUACAUAUGUCCACAAUGUUUGAAAGAGUAUAUCGCCAAGGGGAGCCUCAGACGUCACUUAAAGAUUGAACAUGGCCCUAAAGUGUUUAGCUGGUGUCGACGGUGUGAGUAUCAGUGCAACAGACGAGACAAUUUAAGACGACACUACAUACAAUAUCACACCGAAUAUGUCAGAGACCUUGAAACUAUUGCCUUUGAAACACUCGAACAGAGGAAUCACAGAGUCCGGCUUGAAAUUGCAGAGAAGCGGUUGGCAACCUCAAAAGCCAAGGGGAGCCAGAAGAGGAAGACUGGGACGAAGACAUGGAAUGUCAGAAAAAGUUUCAGAAGAGAUUCUAGUGCAGCAACAUCUUGUGUGAAUUUGAUUGGAAAUGAACGUACACCAUCAGGAAGUAUGACCCAACAGUCGCUGCAUGAAGACAGCCAAGAAAAUUUAGGUGGAACAUACAAACAAGUCAAAUGGGCUCCUGUCAAAAUGGAACCAGAAGAGAUGCUGCUGUUGCCGUCAUCACUGAUACCGUCAUCAUCAUCCUUGGGUCCAGCAUCCAAGAAUCCAGUCAGUAGCCCUCUAUGGGCUGACAUGACUCGACAGCAACAUAAGUAUUGGACAGGCUGUGCUUAUCAGUGCCCUGAAUGUAUUAUGACCUUCCAGCAUUCCAGCAGCCUCUUUCAACAUUUACAAAAGGAGCAUGGAGGAAUGCCACUCUUCUUUUGUCAACAUUGCAGUUUUAGGAGCAAGGGAAUGGACAACAUGAGGAAGCACUAUUACAAAAUUCACCCACUUCACCAGGAAGAUGUGGAUGUGAUAACAUCUGAGUCCAUACUACAAACAGAGAUUAGAGAACAGCAGGAAACACUAGGGGGAAUUGAACGUGUUGCAGAUCAUGGUCAAGGCUCCAGUCAGUCUCUUCUGUGUGGACACAAUAACAGUUCCUUUUAUUUCAAAAUGCCAGAAACAGUUAAUCAGCUGACAGGGCCUGGCAGUGGCUUAUGCCCUGAUGCAUCAAAUAUACAUGUACAUACUGAGCAACUUGCAGAUGCAAUUAUGGCAUCUUCUACAGAUGGCCUUCCUGUACCAGGCAUACCUUUCCUGCAACAGGAUUCCUCAUUGCCAACAGAGCAGACAACCAAAGACUCAUGUCUUACUAUCUCACAAGAAGCUAUAUCAGAUGUGGGUCAUGUGUUUCCUGUAGGAGAGGAGGAAUCAUCCUAUUGUGCCAUCAGCCAGCCAAUCUAUGAUUCUGACAACUCUGCCUCAGAUAUCAACAUGACUUGUUCCUCUGAACCUGUGCAUACUCUGGGUGAUAUACAACACGCAAUUGAAUGGUCACCACCCAAAGGUAAAGAGGCAGGGGGCUGCUUCAAAUGCCCAAAAUGCAGUCGUGAAUACCUGCAACUAGGAAGUCUGAAUCGUCACCUCAGACUCGAUCAUGGACCUCCUACCUGUUUUUGGUGCAGACACUGUGAGUUUCGAACCAACCGAAAAGACAACUUCAAGAGACACUACAAACAGUCGCACCCACAAAAUAUUGAGGAAGUGAAGGCAAUCAAUGUAGAGACCAGCGAGGAGAAAGAGAAUCGUGAACGUCAGGAAGAAAUGAAGAACAGGCAAUCACCAAGAUCAAGGGGGUCCAUAAGAGGAUCAGGCCAAGGAAUGCGAGAUGUUGGGAAAGAUGAGACACAUCUACAAAGAAUAGAGUCAGUCAGCACUUCAAGUGUGGCUAAGAACAUGGAAGAGCAUCUAUCAACACAGACAAACGAAUUGUGUCAAGAGAGAGCCACCUCGCAAUCCAUAUCUUCCAAAAGCAGUGUUCUGUCACCAAGAGUGCAGUUAGUCAAGAUGUUUUACCCUGAACAUAUUAAGUCAUCAAACGUUGCAGCACCUACCUGUUGUGAACAUGCAGGAACUGACAGUGCCAGUGAAUCUUGUAAUAACUCUCCACAAAGUAAAACAUCUGACACAAUCAUGCAAGAGUCACAGAACCCCUUGCAAGGAAUGACGACAAGUAAUGCAACUAAAACUUCCCACUCAAUAAGACAUAGCAAGAGGAAGUCACAACAUAUUACACGUAGUCUGGCCGAGUCUAUUUUGCCCCUGUCACAUGAAAAAAAAUCAUAUAACAAAGUCAAAGAUUUACCAGUAUAUACACCAGAAGAAGAAACAAGUAACAAAAGAUUUGGUUUCAUUAACUCACUUCAACACAAAGUGAUGGAUGGCAGUGUUAAUAAUCUACCUACAUGUACGCCACAAAGAAAUGUGACUUGUAACACAAGUCAUACUGUGGUGAAAUCACCACAUACAAGUACAUACAUUAAUUCAGAUGAAAGACUUGAAGCAUUAAGCCCGCCAACAAUUAAUAUGACUAAAAACGUAGCCCAAGAUUGUUCCAAUGCACAACAAAGUAUAUCAAAUUUACCACAAAUCAAUACACAUAACACAGGAUAUGAGUUACCAACAAUUAAUGUGACAAAUAAUGCAGCACGAGACUUGCAUAACUCUCAUCAAAGUGAAACUGUGGAUAACACACGCCAUAAUUCCCAAACCUUGCAACAGCAAAAUGCUGCGUGUAUUGAUUUACCAGGUUUAGUGGGCUCGGCACGAGGCAGUUCAGCAAACAAUGUGGUCCAGGAAGAGAGCCCAGUGACAUCCACAUCAGAGGGACCAUGUAUUCCCCUGACACGGUUGGAAGAGGUACUACGUGGAAAUGUCACCAAAGUCAUUGAGGAGAGUCACACUGUCAUAUACAAAGAUGGCACAAGGAUCAGAGAGGAAACUGUCAAGAGGACCUAUGAAGUCAUUUUUCAGGCAGACUUUGGAAAUGGGACUGUAAAACCUUGUUAAUAAACCCCAAUUAUUAAAGAAAUGAGGCCAAGGCAUAACAGAAAUGGACUCAAAAUGACUGUGGGCUAAACCACAUUUAUAACCCUCAUUUUAAACAAUAUCUCUCGACUGCCUACAACAGAUCUAUGCACUGGUCUUUGGAUUGUCUGUGUUUUUCAAUUUUACAGCUAAUGUGUAAAUGUCCAAGAGAGUUAUGGCAAUACAUACAUGUACAUAGUAUUCUUUGUAGGAAAAAAACUUGUGAAUGCAUAGCUUUGUACUGAUAAUCUCUGGCAUUGUUAUCUCAGAUGAUGACAGACCCACUCACAUUUACAUGAAGAUGGCAAUUGCUAGAAUUCAUAUCAACUGCAGUGGGUACAUGUACAAAAAUGUGGUUUGAAGAACAUCAACAUUGCUGUCAUUUUUCAUUUUAAUAAAUGCACAAGAAUCCAAGCUUUAAUGAUCUCUGUACAAAAUGUACCGACCGGUACAAUGUUCUGCAACUUCUUGCCAACUGUGUGUAUGGUUUUAGAUGAUGUAAUAACCUCAUUUGCAGUAUCAAAACUUACGUUCCAACAUGUGCUUGCAUUCCUAAUCAGCCUAAAUCAGGGUUUAUAAAAAUGACAUUAAAAUAGUAGGCAAGUACAUGUACAUUGUACAUUAAUCAAUUGCACAAUGUUGUUCAUGACUACAGGGAUUAAAAUAAGUUAACAAUGUACAUAAAUACCCUUUAAGACAGUCUGCCAUUAAAGUAUGGAAUUUGUUUUAACAUUUAAAAUUAAAAAAAAGAUGGUUAGGCAAACUACAUGUACAUGUACAUGUACUGUCAUGACAGUUGUGACAUGCCUAGAGAGGGUUUCAUGAUAAAACACUGCCUGCUGAAUAUGCAAAAAAAAACGAAUCCAAAGUGGUAAACUGAGAUGCUCAUAGUUUGUUUGGAAGAUUGACUGCAGGAACGUACGUCUGUCUAGUAUAUAUAUGUAUACAUGUUCUGCCAAGUUUUCACUCUUUCAACUGUAAUCUUUGCCUUACAUUUCUCUAACAGUUGUGAUCAAAUAUUUACUGUUGGUUGGUUUUGGGGGUUUUCUCUCAGGAAACAAAGAACCAAAGCUCAUACGAAAGUAAGAUGCCACUAACAAAUUGUGCUACUUUCAAGGUGUCAGCAAGGAUAACUGCGGUCAUAUAAUUAAUGUACUCAUGAUGAACUCAUCAGUUUCAUGUGGGAAUGUCAGUGCGGUUGAAGCAUUAGACCUACUACAUGUGCAUGUAAUGAUCCUGUCAAUCAGUUGGUGAUGCAUCUGCUUGUCAGAUGACUGAUGACUGUCCCACGUGUUAGUCCUGAAACCUUGAGUCAUUAUUAGGGUUGUCCCGAAUAUUCGAUCACCAACCGAAUAUUCAAAUAACUUUUUUGCUGGUUGGAAUAUUCGAGAACAAAACAACUACGCGCCUACACACGACAGUGAUGUUAUUUUACAUGUAUCAUAAACUUUGGGGCUUUAUUGUCAGGUGCCACUUUUUUGUCGACAGUAACUUUUUUGUCGAUGGCGGUUCAUUUAUCCCAUCCUUUUGGCCGGUUAAUCCUGAAUACUUACCGGUACUGCAAAACACUCCAGCAGCCCACCCAUUGACGCUUGCAAAUGUUAUCUGGCAUGCUCUGCAUGCACCUUUUGAUCAGCACGACAUGCAGUUGCAGGUGGCAGUUUCCAAUAUCCAAAUUUUGGUCAAACACUGUUUCAAGUAAUCAAAUACUAAAUUAUUCUAAAAAUAUACAGCCCUAGUCAUCAUCAUGGGAAAUCCCUUUUAUGUAGAUGCUCAGAUGUACAUCUACAUGGAGUGCUUCCACUACAUCGUAUACGGGUCCUAAAAUUUUGAAGAAUUCAAUAAGUCCCAAGGAUCAUGGCUUGCGAUAUUUGUUUUAAAUGUUGAUAUGAAUAGAUUUUUACAUACGUCAAUAUUAAAGUAACUCUGUAUUACAGCUCUGCAUUAUUUUGUGUUGCUUAAAAAGGUUCGCUAAUAAAUUAUGUGGACAAUUUGUAUACAUGAAAA